GCAAUCGACCGAUUUGGUACGUAGUUUUGGUGUGCAGCUAAAUUUGACAGUUUGGAGAGGAUACACGUGAACUUUCAGUUUUGCAGUGCAGGAGUAGUGAAGUCACCACCAACAUCACGAUGUCAGCGAAAAGAAAGAGCAGCAAGCCGUGCCGGAUUCAGGAGGACUGGUGUGAGGAGGGUGAAGGGUCAACCGAGGAUGUGGGAACGAAAAUGCAGCCUGACACUGAACUCUUGGAAUUUGCAUUUGAUGCAAACAUGGCAACAGAAAUCAACACUGAAGAAAUGGAAGAACAGAACCAGUGUGAGGAAAGGAAUCUUGACUGGACUUUGCAAGAGGAAACUGAGGAAGCUGAGAAGCCUCCCCACAUUGAGAAGCCGUACAAGUGUGAAAUUUGUGGUUGGGAGUUCAAGCAAGAGGUCAACUUAAAGUCCCACAUGCGGACACACACUGGAGAGAAACCCUACAUGUGCGAGAGGUGCAGCAAGAAAUUCAGCCGAAGCCAGGAUCUAACCAACCACCUUAGAACCCACACUGGGGAGAAACCUUUCAAGUGUGAGGAGUGCGGCAAGGGGUUUGCACAGCGGACUGCUGUGAAGGUCCACAUGCGCACCCACACUGGAGAGAAACCCUACAAAUGUGAGGUAUGCGGCAAGGGAUUUGCCCAGCAUACCGCUGUGAAGGUUCACAUGCGCACCCACACAGGAGAGAAACCCUACAUGUGUAGUGAGUGUGGCAGGCAGUUUAGAGAAAAGGCUCUGCUCACGUGCCACAUGCGGACUCACACAGGUGAGAAACCCUACAUGUGUGACGAGUGCGGCAAGCAGUUUGGUGAUCAGAAUAACCUGAAGCGUCACAAGCGGACCCACACGGGAGAAACCACACAAGUGUUUUUGCAGUGCAGAAGUAGUGAAGCCACCGCCAACAUUACAAUGUCAGCAAAAAGAAAGAGGAGCAAGCCGAGCCGGAUUCAGGAGGAAUCAUGUGAGGAGGGUGAAGGGUCAACCGAGGACUUGGGAACGAAAAUGCAGAAGCGCCCCGGUGAGAAACGCUAUGAGUGUGAAGACUGCGGCAGGACCUUUCGCCAACAGGCUGCCAUGAAGAAGCACUUGCAGACUCAUAGUGAACUGGUUGACUUUGCAUUUGAUGUUACCAUGGCAACGGAAGUCGACGCCAAAACAGAAGAACAGGACCAGCUUAAAGACGGGGAUCCAGACUGGUCUUUGAAGAAGGAGAAGCCACCUCGUGUUAAGAAGAAGUACGAGUGCGGAAGGUGUGAUCGAGAGUUCAGGCAGGCGAGCGACCUGAAGUGCCACAUGCGGACACACACAGGGGAGAAACCCUACCUGUGCGAGCGUUGCAGCAAGCAGUUCUGCCGACGCCAGGACCUAAACAACCACCUCCGAACCCACACUGGGGAGAAACCUUUUAAGUGUGAGGAGUGCGGCAAGGGAUUUGCACAGCGGAAUGCUUUAAAAGUCCACGUGCGCACCCACACAGGGGAGAAACCCUACAUGUGUGAUGAGUGUGGUAGACAGUUCAGUGAGCAGGGGCAACUCAAAGGCCACCUACGGACUCACACAGGUGAGAAACCCUACAUGUGUGACGAGUGCGGCAAGCAUUUCGGUCAGCUGAGCAACCUUAAGAGGCACAAGCUGACCCACACAGGGGAGAAACCCCACAAGUGUGAGAUUUGCGGGAAGCAGUUUGGCCAGAAGAGCAUCUUGAACAUCCACCGACAAACCCACAGGGAGGAAAAACCCUUCCACUGUACCCUGUGUGACAAGCAGUUUGGCAUCAUGGACAAUCUAAAGAAACACUUGAAAAUUCAUAGUGGGGAGAAACCUCACAGCUGUGACGAGUGUAACAUGCGGUUUGGUCGCCUCUCCAACCUUAAGAGACACAAAAUGACACACACAGGAGAGAAACCGUACAUGUGCAUCAUAUGUGGCAAGCAGUUUCGUCAACAAGGUGCUCUGAAGUCGCACAAAAUGACCCACACUGGGGAGAAACCCUACAUGUGUAUGAUAUGUGGCAAACAGUUCAGGCAACUGACGGCCAUGAAGACACACAAGAGUACCCACAAUAGUGGGAUACCUUUCAUGUAAGAUGUGCAUGUAUACAAGACAGUGAGAUUUUUAAAUGUUUCCCGAAGGAAAAACAUAUUGUUUUGCUGGUGUGGUCUUGUUCCUCUUCUGCAAUGAACCAAUAAGAGCUUAGAACUGCCUAUGAGUAUGACAUACAUGUACAUGUGUGAGCAUAUUAGCUGGUACAGCAAAUAUGAACAAAGUUAUUAGCUUUUACAGCAAAAGUGUAAUAUUAGCUGUUCCAGGAAAUAUGAACAGUUAUAGGUUUGCGAGAGCAAAACAUGUAGUGGUUUCAUAAAAGGCACAUUACUGGGAGGAAAGCAUCCUGCAUUUUCUCGUAAAUGUUGCCUUUCGAGUUUCACAAUGUGGUCGAUUAGAUGCCACUUGAAGACAGAGGGAAAAUUUCCAGACUAGCAUGAUGUAUGAAAUGACUAAAAAAAUUGCAAGCACUGUCUAAGUAUCUUGUAUUAGUAGUAGUAGCUCAGUAAAUGAUAAGAAAUGAUCUUGCGUUCUAGCACCGAAGCACUAGGAUUGAGGUGUUCAAACAUUUUUCUGUAAAAAUGUUGUAAAGUUGAACUUGUUGCCACUAAGCACAGAAGGGGCAUCCGCACUACUAGAUAGCUUUAAAGAACACUUACACAACUAGAUGUACAAAUGUUAGGCGUACAGGUCCGUCCGUGUUUUCUACAUGUUUUAUCAUGUAUUCAAUGUAACUUUUGCAUAUGUACAUGUGUAUGAUGGUUGUUAAAUUGUUUUUUUAAUAUAUGAAACAUUGAGUUUUUGUCAAGUGCUUCGACACCUAAUAAAGUAAGUAUAUAUACUUUUCUGAAAAAAAGUCGCUGUCUUGGCUUUUGCAAAGAGCAUUAUUACUUAUAUAUUUCACCACUGCCUGAACCUGUACGUAUUCAAAAUAGCCAAGAAUAGAAUUUUCUGACUUAUUAUUUCAUUAGCUAUAAGAUAUAUUACGUAGGAUGAACUGAACUGAUAACAUGUAUAUAUACAAAUGUACUAUAUACAAAUGAACAUGUAUAUACAUACAAAAUAAGGUUGUGUACCCAAGAAAACUAGGAGAAGGACUAGCAACCCCUCCCUGUAAAAUAUAUGUACCUGUUGCUAAAGCAGCAAUGAAACUUGCUGACCACAAGAGUCAUAAUUAGAAAACUUUGCCAUUGUUAUCUAUCAUGUAUGUUAGCUAAGGCAACACCAAUUUUAUUUGUUUCUUCUCGAAUUCUGCUGUCCUAUUUUUCCCAUUCAAUUUGAAAAAAAAAAUUGGCCACACAUCCCGUUGACAAAUUUUCAAUGCCUCUCAUGACUCCCUUAUAAACUAUGGGCCUCAAAUUUCAGAUUUUUUUCUUUUCAAAAUUGGGGCUUUGCUAAUCAGGGACCACAUGUAAAUAAAUAUUGAUUCGUAGCAUAAAAUUUGCCAAGGAAAUCUGAAAACUUAGUAUUUGUUGAAUCUGUUGUUAUUUAUGUUGUGUAACUUGAGUAAGACCCUCGAUCUCUCCACCACAGACUUUUUGCAAAAAAAACUUUUAUUUUUAUUUUUUUUUACCAGCUGGUCCAAUUUUUUCUGGAGAAAAAAAUCUGAGAAGCAACAAACUAGAUUGGUGUGGCCUAAUGAACAGAAUAAUGUAUCAAAGUAAUGUAUCAAAAUAAUGUAUCAAAGCCUGAUGAAACCAUUUGUGUAUGUUCACUUACGUUUUCAUAUAUGGAUGCACAUAUCUAACGUUAGCUUAGUUUACUAAUUAUAACCAGUUAUUACCAUUGGCAUGGAUAUACUGACUGCAUAUAAAUUUUACAUGUACUUUUACAUUUGCUGUAUACUUGUUUAGUAUCCACAAACUCUUAAAUAAAUUGCCUGGUGA